AUGAGCUUGAUUUCCGUCUGCUCGGAAAGCGUGAUGCAGAAUUUGCAGCCUUUCACAAACCGCAGCCUGAAGAGCAGUGGCCAGCUCAACUUCAGUGACCCGAAGGCAGUCAUGCAGUUGACAAAGACGCUAUUGAAGCUCGACUUUGGCCUCGAGACCGAUCUGCCUGAUGAUAGGCUUUGCCCACCUGUUCCAAAUCGACAUAAUUACAUAUUGUGGCUCAAGGAGCUCAUGGAUUCGACGUCGUAUAAUUACCAUGGCAGGAAGCUCUCAGGGCUGGACGUCGGCACUGGCGCCAGCUGUAUCUACCCACUUCUUGGCUCAGCCCAGCGACCGUGGAACUUCAUCGGCACAGAUAUCGACGCGAAGAAUAUCAGUUACGCGCAGAAGAACGUCAAGCUCAAUGGCUUGGAUGACCGCAUCAGAAUCGUGGCGCGGAAACCGUCUGAUUCAUUGAUACCGCUCGACGACCUUGGCCUUGGUUCCAUCGACUUCGUCAUGACGAACCCGCCAUUCUACCUUUCCGAGGAUGAGAUGAUCUCCUCUGCCAAGCAGAAGGCACGGCCUCCGCAUUCAGCUUGCACCGGAGCACCAGUUGAGAUGGUGUGCGAGGGAGGAGAGGUGGCAUUCGUCGGCCGGAUACUGGCAGAGUCACUUGUACUACGCGACCGGGUCCAAUGGUACACGUCAAUGUUCGGAAAGGUGUCGAGUGCCGAGGCAUUUGUGGAGAGUCUGCGUCAAAACGGCAUUGACAAUUACGCCAUCACGGAAUUCAUUCAGGGCAACAAGACGAGACGAUGGGCUAUCGGGUGGAGCUUCGGCCCGAUGAGGCCCUCCCAGGACGCGGCGAGGGGCAUCAAGGUUACCACAUGGAAGAAACUACUUCCCGCGGCGGUGGAGGUGGACUUGUGUACAUCGCCAAGUCACCAAGGAGUUGGGCCCCUGGCGGACCGUGUUGCGCAGACCGUUGGGGCCCUUGAGCUGCUUUCUUGGGAGUGGGAGCCGCAAAAACUGAGAGGGAUUGGACGGGCAAGGGAGAAUGUCUGGAGUAGGGCUUGGAGGAGGAAGAAGCUCCGCGAGGAGAAGACGGGGUCGACGCACGAGCGCCUCACCACAAACACCGUGGGCCUCGUCGCGCUCUCCGACUUCCGCAAGCGGCGCGCCGAGGUGAUCGAGCAGCAGGAGAGAGAGGCGCGCGAGAUUGCAGUCGCGCUAUCAGGCACCGGCGGCACCGGCGUGUCGACCCCGGACCGCUCGCUGACGGGCACGCCGAACAACGCCAGCGACAACAACAAUAGCGAGGCGGAACGGCACGCGGCCAAGAGGAAGAAGAAGAGGCGCGCAAAGGCCCUGGUGUCGUUUGGGGAGGACGAGGGCGAAGGGGACGACGGGGAGGAUGUCUCACCUGCUCCUCCUGCCAAGGUGAAGGCCGGGAAGGCGGCUGCGAGCGAGCAGGACGAUGCAGCGGCGGCGACGAGGAAUUCGGACAGGGACAAGAAACCGACCAGCAAGUUUACGGCAAACGCCUCGGUCGGGGUCGUCCCCAGGGCCUUGACUAAGGCGGCUCUCCGACGGGAGGCCGCAGAGCGGGACGCCUUGCGCAAGGAAUUCCUGGUGCUGCAAACGGCGGUCAAGGCCACCGAGAUUGCGAUUCCGUUUGUCUUUUACGACGGAACCAACGUCCCCGGCGGAGUCGUGCGGGUCAAGAAGGGCGACUUCGCCUGGGUCGUCCUCGACAAGAGCCGAAAGGUGGGAGCGGAGCUGGGCGUCGGCGGUGAGAAGAGUGCCAAUGCCAGGCGAGAAUGGGCACGGGUUGGCGUCGACGAUCUAAUCCUCGUCCGUGGGUCCAUCAUAAUACCGCAUCACUAUGAGAUCUACUUCUUCAUUGUGAACAAGACCAACGGUCCGGGGCGCCGGCGUCUGUUCGACUAUAGCGCUGAAGCCCCUCCGGCGGUAAAGGCUAAGGGGGAAGCCAAUGUGAAGCCGGCAGACCCUCUGUCAGCUCCUGCAAAAGGCACACCCAAGGACCUGCCCGACAUUAGCACUCUCGAGGGCGCCUCUGACGACCCAACAUUCACCAAAGUUGUGGAUCGACGGUGGUAUGAGCGCAAUAAGCACAUCUAUCCCGCCAGUGUGUGGCAGGAGUUCGACCCCGAGAAGGAUUACCAAAGCGAGAUUCGGCGUGAUCCUGGCGGGAAUGCCUUUUUCUUCUCGAAAUGA